CCUUCAAGGGUCUUGGUAAACUGGAAGUCUUGGAAAUGAAUUGUGACACGCUUUCAUUGGACAAGACAACAUACCCAGAUGGACUGUUCCAGUAUUUGGUUAGUCUGAGGCAGUUGGUUCUGUUAGGAAGUAUAAAUAACGAAGGACAAUUUCCUACUGACAUUGUACAAGGUCUACACAGCCUAGAACAGCUUCAGAUUAACUCCUGGCCUAAAGACGGAAAAUGGCCUCAACUAGAACAGUUGAAAGACACCCUCACACUUCUGAAUAUCCAAACCAUUGGUACACCUGUUCUUGGAAACACAUCCUUUCAAGCUUUGCGGGAUAUCCCACUUAAAAUAUUUAAUCUUAAUGGUGUUCUAACAAAACUAGAACCAGGAGUAUUUUGCCCUUUUAAGAACCUAACCAAGCUGGUUCUUUCUCAAUCGCAUGGAAGCACGACCAAGUUCGUCUCCAUAACAAGAGCCCUUCAGUGUUUAGCUGGAAGAAAUAUGGAGGAAAUAAUACUGACUCGAGUUGUUACCACAGGAGAAAGUUGUGUGACUCUAACAGAGGAGAUGUUCGGUUAUCUUGCAGAUAUAUGUGUGAAAAAGCUAGACUUGUCUAACAAUAAGAUUAUUUCGAUUCAAACAAAUGCCAUAACCAGUUCCACCUUAUUCAGAUGUCUCGAAUAUCUGGACUUGUCCAAAAACAUAAUUGAGAUGAUGAUGCCUACAUUAAGAGACACGUACAUCAUGGAAAAUCUGAAAUAUCUCGAUGUGUCUCAGAAUAACCAAUUGAGCUUUUCUAUCAGCCACAAAUAUGAUACCACAAAACGAGGGGGGUUAUAUUUUCCCAUACCUCCUAAUCUAAGUUAUGUAAACCUCAGCAGAUCUUCCAUUGCUAACCAUGUGUAUAUUAGUUUAACACUGACACAAAGCGAUCAUCUAUCUGUGUUAGAUUUCUCUAGAAAUGAUAAGUUAGACAUUCCGUCAUAUUUGGAAUGUUGUAAAAACCUGAAACUCUUGGACAUAUCCCAUAUGAAGAUCAGUCAGAAUGUUUUCAACAACACCAACAUGGUGACGAAUCUCCAAACAUUGCUUGUUCACGAUGUGACGUCAGAUGAAGACAUGUUUGUGUCCCCAUCUGAACCUUUUUUCAAUGUCAUGCCCAAACUUAAAAGACUCGAUUUAUCAGGCAAUAAUCUGCAGCUUAUCAACAAAAAUACAUUGAGAAAAUUUAACAAAUUGGAAAUCAUUUCUCUUGCACGAAACCGACUGGAUGACGUACCAGAAGAAAUCCUUAUGAUGGCUAGGCUUAAACAUUUGGAUAUGACAUCGAAUUCCCUGUUAGUCAUCAGUAAACAGCAACAGACAAUGCUCGAUGACUUUGUUGUGAAUAACGGAUCGUUCUACCUCUACCUAACAGGCAAUAUCUUCAGCUGCAGCUGUGGAACUCUUCACUUCAUACAAUGGUUACUGGAAACUGAUGUCACUUUAGAUCACCAUGGCAACUACAGCUGCAUCCUUGGUGAUGGAACGUUGUCUGAUACAGCUACCUUUUAUGCAAGUAGGACAUUUCAGUGGAGAACAUGUGUUGGUCAGUUCUGGUUGGCGGCUGCCAUAGUUGGAAACUUGAUCGCGAUGUUGUCUCUAUUUGCAGCUUUUCUUUUCAAGAAAUAUUUCCCCAAAAUAGAACACCAUGUAUUACAUAUGCUUGGUUAUAAUCCAAGACGCCGACCACAAAGGGAGGAUUUUGAUUAUGAUGCCUACAUAUGCUAUGAAAGUGCUGAGUAUUAUUGGCCAUGUCAUUGUCUCUUCAAGGAGCUCCCCAAAGUCUCCCCUGGUAUAAGACUGUACCUGCCCGACUUACAUGACCCUGUAGGAUGUUCUCGGGCUGAAGUGACCAUUGAUGCUUUGUCGAGAAGCUGGAAGAUUGUUAUCGUGCUUACAGAGAACUUCCUGAGAGACGAAUGGAUACACUUUACUGUUCUGUCUACUGUCAGACUGAUGUCCGUGAACAACGCAAUCACGGACCGGGUCCUGCUUCUGUACAGGGAUAUGUCCUUGGCAGCGAGAGCUCGAGUUCCUCAUCUUCUCCUCAACGUGGUUUCAGAGGAACAUAUUCUGGACGUGGAGGAACACCCCCAGUUCUGGACACAUCUGUGUCAGCGUAUCCUCAACGCUGAUCCCGCAGCCUUAUUCUGAAGUGUGACCUUUCUCUGAUGGUAAUCACAAAUACCUGACAUAU